CCGAGAUGUACAGACUGAAAAAAUACAAAGCGCUUCAGCUUCAGUCUUCACUGUUCCUGCAGGAUUCGCUGUAGACUGUUAACCCAUCACCAAUGGAAAGGUUAAUUCAGUUAUUGCUUUUCUCAGGAUUCUGGAUGUUCACACAGAGCAACUCAAAUAAAUUUGUUCUCAUCCAGGAGAAUAAGACCUGGGCUGAUGCACAAGCUUACUGCAAAAAGUAUCACAUUGACUUGGCCACAAUUGCAAGCACUGAAGACCAGACAAGUCUACGAGAAGCGGUUAGCACUGUGCUGCCUCCAUUGGCCUGGACUGGAGGGUACAGAAAAAAUAACACUUGGGGGUGGAUUUAUACGUUAAAUUUCGCAGUAUUCUCAUUCUGGAAGCCUGGACAGCCAGACAACUCUUAUGGAAAAGAGGAAUGUGCUGUUAUCAGUGCCAGUGGAUGGGAGGAUACAGCAUGCGGUCAAAUGUUACCAUUUUUUUGCUUCACUGUGAACAAACCAGACAGGUUUGUUUUCAUCUCUCAAAACAAGUCACAGGUAGAUGCUUGGGCUUACUGCACAAAGUAUCACACACACCUGGCCAUGAUUUUGAAUCAAACUGAAAAUGACCUGCUGGUGAAUAUGAUGGUAGGAUAUGACAAAGCAUGGAUUGGUAUGUUUAAGGACAAUUGGAGGUGGUCAGAUAAUACAAUUAACAAGUUCCCCAUAAACUGGAGUCCUGGACAACCUAACAUUACUGGCGCAUACCCACUUUGUGGCGCUACAACUCUUGAUGGAUUUGAUGAUCGAUUCUGCACAGAGACCCUUCCAUUUUUCUGCUUUCGUCAUUCAAAGAAUAAGAUCAUGAGAGUGGAGUUGAAAUCGAGUCAGAAUCUAAAUGACCCUGCGGUGAUGGAGAACAUCUUACAUUUGAUAAAGCAGAAACUGAAGGAUCGUGGGAUAGGGAAUGACACAACAUUGACAUGGAGAGUUCAACCAGAUGGAAAUGUUUUCACAUCAAAACAUGAAAGUGAAGUGAACCAAACACCCUGUUCAGACCCUUCCUUUUAAAUAUAACAGAUACCAUAUCUGACGAUAUUAAAGACUGUUAUUUAUUUAAAUCAAAUUAUUCUAAAAAUGAUAUUAAUUGAAUUUUUACUUCAUUAAAUUUUUUAGUUUAAUUCAUUUUAUAUUUUAAUUAAUCAAAUUAAUCUUGCAUAAUCUAAGGCAUUUCAAAAAUUAAUUUGACAAAAUGUGUCUUAUGCUGCGUGCACACCGUCAGUUUCUUGCGCUGACAGAUUGACACAAUCUCGUUCAUUUAAAUCAAAACUUGGUGACUUUCUGCAACACAAUCAACAGUGAACAUUAGCAAAGGAAGUGGGCGUGUCUAUCUACUCGACCAAAUCAAGAACUGUUCAACUUUAAUUAGGAACGCCGUCUCAUGGCCUCAUUGAAAGAGACGAGUGACACACAGCGGGAAAGUCUCUGGUGAUGUGCACACAGCAUUAGAAGUCAGUUUUUGUUUUUAUUAUUGUUUUAAUUUUAAGUACUUUCACAGCAAUUUAUUUUGCAGUAAACUUUGUAAGAGUUGCGUUUGCGGUCUGUAUUUUUAUUGUCCCUUUAUAUAUAUACACACAUAAGCAGGUUUUAGUUUGGGUGUGAUGCUUGUAGUAGCAGCAAGGGCUGCAUGCAUUGACUGUAAAGUCUGUAAAAGAAUGCUAUGCAUUAAACAAAAAAUUCAAACUUGAAUCGCUCAAAUUAUAUAUAAAAUGUUUAUUAUGGAAUUUACUUCUAUUGUAAUUAGAAGUAAAUUCUAUUUAAUCUAUUCUAAUUUGGUUUAGUAUUUUUUCAUAUUUAUCCAUAUCAAAUAUAAUUUAUAAUAAUAUUAAGUUUCAAGGUGUAAACUUUUAAAAAGUCAGAACUAGACUUUUCAAAAAAUUUAAUCUAUUA